GAGCUCAGAGAAAAUGGCUAUUCCAGGAAUUUCCUACUGAUGCUCAAAGACUGAGCCAAAGGUUGCAAAAACUCUAAAACAGUCCAUAAGGGAUUAAAUUCAUUUGUAAAUUAUUAUGGUUUCUGCUUUUUCAGAAGAGAGGUAAGGCUAUUAGAUUUUUUCCUGGGAAAUUUGUUCAUAAUACUAAUUUAUUACAUAGCCGUUUUGCUGCGAGUAAAACUGCUCCGCAGCUUAUAACGCAAGGCUUGACACAGUCCGUACUGACAACUUAGCAUACCAUAACGUGGCAAGACUAACCUUCAGCUGUUGAAAAGGUAUGACCAAUGCCCUGAAAUUGCCAUAUCCUGAAUGAAAAGGACAGGAGAAAGUAGGUGAAAAAGUUUGGCAUUAUAAUGGUCUGUUUAAGAAGCAGAUUUAUAGAAGGUGCUGUAAUAGGCUUUGGUAGGCUAGGGCAAGAAAAAGGGUAAGCGUAAGUCGCAUUAAGUGGUUGUUGCCGAGUCAGUUUUCAAGAAUUAAUUACAGAAUUCUUAUUGAAUUUUUUGUUUGUUUGUUUUCAAAUUCUAAUGCAACCUCUCCAUUUUUCCCUGCCAGUAUCCCCUUUUGUUUGGGCUGAUUCUUGCGUUCUGCUGGUGUUCUUUGGUUUGCUGUAGUCGAAUUUAUAUGGGAAUGCAUUCAAUUUUGGACGUUAUUGCUGGAUUUCUGUAUGCUAUUCUCAUCUUGGUUGUCUUCCAUCCAAUUGUGGACCUGAUUGAUGACUUCAACUUAAGUUACAAAUAUGCACCGUUAAUUAUCAUCAGUCUCCAUUUAGCCUUGGGCAUCUUCUCUUUCACUCUAGACACCUGGAGCACAUCACGAGGAGACACAGCUCAGAUACUGGGCUGUGGUGCUGGAGUAGCCUGUGGCUCUCAUGUUAACUACAUGUUGGGUCUGAACCUAGAUCCUCCUCCCGAUAUGUUACCGUUAUCUCUUUCCUCUCUCACUGUGACUGUGUUUGGAAAAGCCAUAUUGCGGUUGUUAAUUGGAGUAGUAAUUCUGUUAUUAACAAAAAUAGUGAUGAAAAAAGCCACUAUUCCGCUGGCAUGUAAAAUAUUCCGCAUACCACACGAUGAUGUACGGAAAGCAAGACAACGCAUGGAAGUUGAGCUUCCCUAUCGCUAUAUUACAUAUGGAAUGGUUGGGUUCUCCCUCAUGUUUAUUGUCCCUUGUCUCUUCCAGUUUAUUGGUCUGUCUUGAUGCAGAUUCAUCCCUUUAAAUAGGGGGAAUGGAGAUACUUGAUUUUUUUGAAAAGAUGCACUAGUUUGCUAAGGGAAGGCCAGUGAGUUUGGCUUUAGCAGGGGUCUUCACUUCAACAGCAAUACACAGCAGGCAAAGCAUUUAAAGGACAUUGCACGUCUCUGGUAUGGUACGUGGCCAGAAGUCAAAUAUCAGUCCCUGAGAAGUGCUGAACUCUAUAAAUGCUGUGUCUAGAUUUAUUGCUGUAACAAAGUGUGUGUUUGUGCGCAAGAAGCAAAGAAUCAUCUAAAACAUCUCUCAUAGUGUACCUGUAUACUUGGACAUUUUGACAGGUAUGUCCGACAGCUAAUCAGAAAGCUCCAUUCAUGAUCUGUUUGCCAUUUCAUAAUAAUUUAUUCAAGUUGUUGGACCACAAACUGCUAAAUUAUUUGUUUUGCUUUAUUUUUCCCUAAACCUUGUUUCAAGAUGUUUCAGCUAAUGGGUAUUUUGAAUGGACCAAACUUGCAAUGAGGUUGGAUUUUUCUGACGAACAAACAGAAGUUUUUUUUUUCUUUAGUCCCUUUUACACAGUAAAAUGUCUGCCUUGGUAUUGGGGUUAGAUAUCAAAGGAGUAUGUAAGAUUCAGGUACUGUAUUUUAUGGCUUGAUAACUGUGCCUUUCUCCUUUCUGUUGCUAAAUUAAGAAAUGCCAUGUAUACUGUGAUGUAAAAAUGAUUCAUUUUAUUUUAGAUCGUACAUAAUUAGGCAGAUAUUUUUAAAUGUUUGUCCACAUUACUGGCAUGGUUAAAGUUAAACAGAAUAUUCAGUUUAGUCUGUUUAAAAUUGCAUAAAUGAAAUGAUCCAAGAGUUGUGUCCUUAGGCUCAAAAGGUUGUGAAUGGACAAUAAUCCCUUUUGUAGGUGUUUUUUUAAUGUGCAUCGUAAGUUACUGGUAGAGGAUAUAUUUUUCUGCAGAUCGUUUAUACAGUGGACGGAUGUUCAGAAUUAGUUAUCUAAAAAUAUAAACAAUAAAAAUAACCAUCCUACUAAGAAAUGGGCCUCAUAUAUUAUUAUUCCAAACAGACUUAGAGGACCAUUGUUUUUAGAGAUGUGCUUAGAAAAUCUAAUCAUACUUCUAUAAAAACUAUAUGUAUUUUUAUUCUUUUACAUGCUAUAUGUUGAGAAUCACUUUUUACCCAGUUUAGACAGCUAUAAAACAAAAUAGUGAUCAAAUUAAAAUUUUGAUCAUUUUGAUAGGCAGGUCUCAGCGCUCGAAAGACAAUGUUGUCAAUGCAUAAACGGUUUGUGUGCGUAUCUAGGUUUUAUUGAAUAAUAAUGCACUUUCAUCUUUUUAAAGUUCCUUUUCCACCUGAUGAGUAGGACAUGAUCCUUGAACUGUAAUUUCAUGUGCCUUUGUUUUGAAUUUCAUUUUGUCUAUGUGAUUUUUUUUUUUUUUUUUUUUUUGGAUUACCUAAGCUGUUCUUUCCAUGUCAGGAACUGUCUUAUUGCAGCAUUCUGGCAAGACAUGAAUUGCUUAGUUUUGUAUCAGUAAAUUUUUUCAGGAAAAACGUAAUUUGAUUAGGAAGUCUAGUGAAUAAUUUAGCUACAAGACAAAGCUUACAUUUUUGUAAAAAAAUACUUAGAAUUGGAAGAUUACUGUAUUGGAGAUAUGAGCUCCAAACUCUGUUAAUAUGUAAAUUAACAAAAUUAACUUCUUAUCUCUUUCCUCCUUAAAGCAGUCAAAGUGACGGUACGCUGGCAUUAGAAGAUGCGAAAAUUUGACUUUUCCGAUGUGCGUUUAGUAUGCACUGUUAUGAAUGUACUCAAAAGAAUUGACAGUGCGUUAAACUACUUUUAUAGUUGAGAUUUAUCUUGUAGAAAACUUCUAGCUUCUUUCAGUACAUAUUUCUAUGUUUGAUUUUUCUGUCUGUUCCUUUGUUGCAGUUUUUAUGCUGAAUGUGCAGUAAAUCAGUUAUCAAGGUUUUGAGGGAGGGAUUUCCACUGAUAUGGCUUUGCACACUAAGAUAGAGAUCGAAUAAAUAACUGAGGGGCAGGUAUAUAAAAAGGCUUUUUGCUUAAAGCCCUGAACAGGUAUUGUCAUUCUAAUGAUACUAAAUUAGCCUGAAGACUGGGGAAAAUAAUACUAAUAGGAAGGCUUCCUCUGAAAUUGAGGACAUAUUUUCCUUAAAUAUCCUAGCUUUACACUUUAUAGUGAAGAAUGUUUAAAUUGCAGCACAGAAGGGACAGUUUAAGCAAAACUUAUUUUUUUAAGGUACAUACUUGCUGUUAAGACUUUUAGGAACUUGAAGUUUACAGCACAGGAUUGUUCUUAACGCUGUAUUUUAUAGCUGUGCUCUGUCAUACUAAUAAUGGAAAAGAAAACCUACUGUAGAAAUUUUAGAAUGGGUGAAAAAAUCAUAUGCAAUCAUGACUUUCAGCAGACUAAGGAAAAUUGCA